AUGUUGCUCACGAUCGGCGAGGACAAGAAGUUUGCCAGCAACCUUGCGGCACACCUCGGCAAGGCGCUGCCCCAGGUGCAGAAGGCGACCAUUGAGACGUUCAACCGUGUCGACAGGGAGGUCGAAGAGGCGAUACAGCGUGCGCUCGAUGAGCUGGAGAGCAAGGACGGCGCAGGGAUCGAGCAUAAGACGGCGCCCCUGGCCAAGCAGGUCUCGCGCGGUUGA